AUGUUUGGCUUUGGUCAAGUUCGAAAUAACGAAACAGCUGACGAGAGCACCAAUGUUCAUGGUACAGAUGCGUUUGAUUUUGGAGAUAUGGGUGUUGACAUUGCAGCCCUGGGGGAUGAACUAGACGUACCCCCCAUUGACGAAACGUUUACCGAUAGCGACAUGACCAAUCCUGAAUUAUUGGUAGCUUAUCGACUACGACCAGGCGAAUUAGAAGCUCUUGCUUCGGGGCCUUCAUCGAACCCUACACGACAGGAGGAGGUUCAAGAGGAGGUUCCAGUGAACUCCGUUCAAGUGCCGACGACGGAGGCCGUUGAUGAAUCGGUUGCCGUGUCUGAACCGAAUCCCGAGAAAAUUGCGCAACUUACGUCUCUAAAAAAAUGUUUACAACAAUAUAGAAGCGCUACGUUGAGGUAUAGGAAGGCACAAAAUCUUCAGCGUGUUCAGCAAAUGCUACGAGUUUAUGACAGCAUAAAUCAACAAAUUAAGACUUUGGAAAGUGGAGGACAGUUAGCAACCGGUUUUGUAUUACCAGCCGAACCAGAUCUGUCUGACUUGGCUGUUUCUCAACCUGCCGGACCAUCUCUUGCACCGGCUGUCGUACCACCUGCCAAGCUGACCAUCACAACGCCUGCUGCACCGGCUGCUUCGACACCUACGAGGCCUGUAUCCGCUAGUACCCCAAGAGCAAACCUGAACCAGAUUAAUGUUGACGCAGUGAAUAGCGUAAAUUUUGUUGAUGAGGAUAGACUUUUAAGCACGAUGUCUAAGCAGGAGCAGUAUGAACAUUUGCUUUCGAAGCUCAAGUCUCAGAUUGAGCUUUGUCAGACUUUAAUGAAAUAUUAUUACAAGACUGGAAAUAAGAACACAGCGGCGUUAUAUUUACGGUUUAAGAAGGUGUUCAUGGCUGAUUAUGAUUCUUUGGCAUCACUACGUGAUCACAAUCAAAAUAUUCCCGCGUAUCACUUUCAAGAAGUCACCUAUACUGUCGAAAAUGCGUUCCUAGAACU